AUGGACACUAUUACCACGGAUAUCACAAAGUUAUUCAAGAUCAAGCACCCAGUGUUUCUGGCUGGUAUGAACGUUGCUGCGGGACCUGAGCUCGCAGCUGCUGUUACCAAUGCCGGUGGAAUGGGUGUCAUCGGUGGUGUCGGAUACACUCCAGAAAUGUUGCGAAAGAACAUUGCUGAAAUCAAGCACUACUUGAAGGAUAAGAAUGCUCCAUUUGGUGUCGACUUGCUACUUCCUCAAGUUGGUGGUAACGCCAGAAAGACCAACCGUGACUACACUGGUGGAAAGCUCCCUGAAUUGAUUGACAUCAUAAUUGAAGAAAAGGCUGCCUUGUUCGUCGCUGCCGUAGGAAUUCCACCAAAAUGGGCCGUCGACAAAUUACACAAAGCCGGCAUUCCAGUCAUGAACAUGAUUGGUGCUCCCAAGCACGCCUUGAAGGCCAUUGAAGCCGGUGCCGACAUUAUCUGUGCCCAAGGCGGUGAAGGUGGUGGACACACUGGUGAAAUCGCCACUUCUAUCUUGAUUCCAAAGGUCGUGGAUAUCUGUUCCAAGCACCGCUCUUCCUUCACUGGGCAACCAAUUCACGUCAUUGCUGCCGGUGGUAUCUAUGAUGGUCGUGGUUUGGCCUUUGCAUUGUCCCUCGGAGCCAAGGCUGUUUGGGUCGGAACUCGUUUCGUUUGUGCUACUGAAGCUGGUGCUCCCAAGGCCCACCAAGAAGCCAUUCUUGGAGCUACUCACUCUGACACUAUUCGUACCAUCAUCUUCACUGGUCGUCCCAUGCGUGUUUUGAAGAAUGCUUACAUUCUCAACUGGGAGAACAACCGUUCGGAAGAAAUUAAGAAGCUGACCGCUGCAGGAACGAUUCCAGUUUACCAUGACUUGGAAACCGCUGGUGAUGAUAUCGAUGAUGAAACCGCUAUGCAAGCUCGUCCAUGGUUACUCGGACAAGUUGCUGGUUCUAUUGAGGACAUCAAGCCUGCUAAGGAAAUCAUUGAUGAAAUGGUUACCACUGCUUGCAAGACUCUCCGUCAACUAAACGGUCAAAUUGCUCGUUUGUAA